AAAUUAAUUGUUCAUAACCUUUCAAACAGAUAACCACAAAAGUAACGAAACAAGCGUCCGUCUAGUUUGCUAUAGAGAGUAUUAUUUGUUCAGGUGAAAAUAGUUCUUUGUAUAAUAUUGAUCGUCUCGAAACGCCUUUCACCGAUGGAACGCAAACCGGAAACUCAAAUUCAAAAUGCUCCAAGCGAUAUUAUUUCGUCGGUGAAAUUUUCUCCAAACACUAAUCAGUUCCUGCUUGUAUCGAGUUGGGAUUCCAGUGUUCGACUGUACGAUGUUGUCAACAAUACCCUAAGGCAAAAAUACUAUCACGAUGCGCCUGUUCUGGAUUGUGCGUUUCAUGAUUCAGUACGAACGGUCAGUGCUGGAUUAGACAAUCUCGUCAAAUUAUAUGAUCUAAACACACACGCCGAAAGCAUUCUUGGAAGUCACGACGCUGGUGUGAAAUGCGUUGAAUAUUCAUCUAAAGUGAACGGAAUCCUUACCGGAAGCUGGGAUAAAACCAUUAAAAUGUGGGACGUUCGCGAUAAAGACUGCGUCGGAAAAUACGAACAGAGCAAUGGAAAAGUUUACUCAAUGAGUUGCAUAGAUGAAAAAUUGGUUGUGGCCACCUCGGAGCGCAAAGUACUGGUCUGGGAUCUACGCAACAUGGGCCAAUAUUUGACACGACGGGAAUCAUCACUUAAAUUUCAAACAAGGGCGAUACGGUGUUUCCCGAACAAAGAAGGAUACGUUAUGAGUUCUAUCGAGGGUCGUGUGGCAGUUGAGUACUUCGAUAUGGAUCCGGAAGUACAGAAGAAGAAAUUUGCCUUCAAAUGUCACCGCUCAAAGGAAAACAAUAUGGAACUGAUCUACCCUGUAAACGCAAUCAGCUUCCACAACAUGUUCAAUACAUUUGCAACCGGCGGUUCCGACGGAUAUGUCAACAUUUGGGAUGGUUUCAACAAAAAACGGCUUUGUCAGUUCCAUCUGUAUGACAGUUCGAUUUCUUCUUUGGCGUUCAGUUACGAUGGUAGUACUCUUGCCAUAGCAUGCUCCUACCUGGAUGAAGCGGAAAUUCCACCGGAACCAUUGCCAGAACCAACACUAUACGUGCGAUAUGUGAGCGAAGCGGAGACCAAACCGAAAUAAGCUGUUUCAACGAGCAUUCGAAUUUAUUGUAGGAUAUUUCUUCGAGAUUUAUUGCUUUUAAUAAUAGUACGUAAUGAAAAGUAUACACUAGUA